GAUCACGCGAUGGUCAGGGGUCUACCAUAUGCCUCUGGAUCUGGCGACAGCGGCGAUUCUAAGCAGGGUCGAAUGAGGAUUGUCGUGGCAGUCGAUUUCGGAACAACAUUUUCAUCCGUGGCAUGGGCAAACAUACUUGAUCCUCGAAGACAGAAGCUAUUAUCGAAUUGGGGCGAUGGAGGAGACAUGACACAAGACAAAGUGCCUACAGUUCUCCGGUACGACAAUGAUGGCACUUCAGGAGCCUUCGAAUGGGGUUACCAAGCCCAAGAAUUUGCCUUCCAGGGAAAGAAAAUCCACGAAUGGUUCAAGCUCGGACUUUGCAAUGAUUUUGAAGAGCGCCGUGCCCGAGAGUCCGAACUCAUGCGAAAAUACAAAAGUCAUACCGCGCUCCCACCCGUCAAGGGUGAUGAAUGCAUGGAUCUCGUUGUCAAUUAUUUGUCUGGAAUCAAAGGGGCUGUGGAUAGGUUCUUCAACGAAAACUAUGAUGCUGCAGUCGCUCGAUGCCCGAGAGACUAUAUCAUCACUGUUCCAUCUCUUUGGGAUCACGCCGAACAGGAGAAGACCCGCACUUGUGCUGAAAGAGCUGACAUGGGUGAGGCAAGCCACCUCCAGAUCAUUUCUGAACCUGAAGCGGCAUGUAUAUACGCCAUCCAGGAGUCUAUAUCUGCGAAGAAAGGUGACACUUUCGUCAUAUGCGAUGCAGGUGGAGGCACUGUCGAUCUUGCUUCAUACACCAUUACAUCCAUUGAGAAAGGGCAGACUACCCACUGCAAACUUGCUGGAGCAGCUCCAGGAUCUGGUGGGCUUUGCGGAAGCAAUUUUCUGAAUCGAAUAUUCGAAACCUAUCUCGAGAAUAAGCUGAAGAACUAUCGCCAUUGGAAGCCAGCUUACAUGUUGGAAGCUUCGAAAGCUUUCGAGGAGAGAAUCAAGCCGCAGUUCACAGGUCAGAAAGUGGGCAAUGACCACAUCAGAAUCCACGGACUGGUUGAAAGCAAGCAUCACGGUGUAGGCGAAAACUAUUUGUUCCUGACAACCAAAGAGCUACGCGAGAAUGUUUUCGACGAAGUAGUACUCAAGAUAAAAAAACUGGUCCGCGACCAGAUCAAAAAUACCAAACCAACCGUGACUGCAGUUCUGCUCGCUGGGGGUUUCGGAAAGAAUCCAUAUCUCAAGAAGAGGUUGGAAGAAAUUGAGAUGGUCAGUCGCAACGAGACAAAGGUAGUAGUGGUUGAGAAUAGCGACACUGCUAUUGCGCGAGGGGCUCUAAUCGCUGGUCUGGCUGGACUGGGCCGAAUCCGCAAGUCUGAGAUUGGGUAUGAUGACACAUUUGACGCUACCACUGGCGAUACUGUGGAAGUGGAAUCUCGCCAGGCUGGAAGGCACUAUGGAACAGUCGCCAAUUUCCCUUUCAUUGAUGGGAAGGACCCAGAAAAUAAAAGACUAUCACGAGACAACGGGGACAGGAUUCAAAAGAUUCAAUGGUUUGCUAACAUUGGGGAGAACAUCCCCGAAGAUCAACCCAAGUCGUUUCAAUUCUCGAAACUGUCGAAGGUGAUCGCUGAGGUGCCUGAGCACGAAGCAUGUGCACCUGUUGUGCACAUUUAUAGUUGCGAAAAGGAGGUUCCAUCCACUUAUUCAGAUGAUCCAGGAGUUCGAGAGAUUGCGAAGUUCAAGAUCGAUCUCCAGGGCUUGAAGAUCCCAACCAGAUGGAUCAAAGGACGACAGUAUUACGAGGCUAAAUUUGAAGUCGAGAUGACACUGCACUCUGCUAGUUUGUCCUUUUGUGGUGUAUAUACUCAUAACGGGGAAAAGAAAAGGUUCAAGGCAACGGAUGUUCGUUUCCACUAA